UAAACUGACGUGUUGUUAUCGUCAUUACGUCAUCGCAGGUGUAGUGCGAUGACGUGCGACCCCGCCUUGCUUAUGGUUGGAUCAUCGGGGUCCCCUGCCUCCUCCGUGUUGCUUUAAAAGUUUAUCAUAUGUUACUGAAUAUAUAAUAUAUGAAAACAUAUAUGAUGCAUUAACAAGUGUUUACCUUCAUCAUGGAAUCCUGUAUACGAAAAGAAAUAAAUAAAUUCUACACAUUGUCAGUUGAAUGGGAGGGAAGCCCAUGGAAGCCCGAGAUUUCAGCCUAAAAUAAAAAUUAACGUAAAUUUUGUUUUAUUCAGUAAGGUUUUAUUGAUCGUGUUGUAAUAAUCUAAUAUCAGUAAAGUUGGAACCUGAGCUCUGAGUUCCCAGGCCAAAAUGACCAUCUCUUUUUCUUGGGACAAUGUAGUACUACUAUUAUUAUCAAUCAAUAUGCUUUAUUUAUAGGGUUUAUAUCUCUGCACAUUCGAUCAAUGGGAAACUGGACCAAGAAACUAUAUGAUUAUUUUGAGGUGGAACAAUCUAGCAAAACACAAGAUUGUACCACUGACAUAGGGCUACGCCUCAAUGAUUGCCAGGAUUACCCAACACAUGUUCUCCAAUUGACUGAUGUUGAAAAUAACUUAACAACGCUUGCGGAAGAAGCAUCCAAUUGCAGUUCUCGAUCUACAAUUGAAGGAUCGCGUUCCUCUCUAAUUACUAAAGAUGUCGAAGCGUGUAAUUAUGCAGUUGAUAGACCUACCACAAAACGGGAUAGAGUUUUGUCAAAUAAUCAAGUUAACGCGACUACUGCUCACAAUUCACAAUUGCGAAUUUCAAAAACAAGUGUUCAUAAAACUAAAAGCAAAACAGAAAGGAACGUAGACCAAAAAUCUGUGGAACAAUUAGGUCUAAACACAUUGAAUUUGUUUUCUCGAUCACCUCAACGGAAAAACGCUCUAGCCGGCAUCGUACCACGUGAUGAAAACGAGUCAAUUAUAAAAAAUAAAUUAAAAGAGAAAACUAAAUUGAGCAAAGUUCAUCCGGCUUGUACAACAUUAUCUGAUCAAAUAGUAAACCAGAAUUCGGAUCUCAAUAAAAAUAAUGUAUCUGAAAUUCUGAAAAACGAUGGGUGCAAAGAAAUCAAUGAAACGAAUCAGAAAUUCUCCAAGGCAAAAACACCAAAAAAGUUACAAAGGAGACGCGUGACGCAACAUUCGUUGGACGUCGUAUUGGAUGGGGUAUCUUCAAGUGGCACAGAUAUCGAGGUUUACAUAGACGGUCCAUACGGAGCCCCAUCUCAGCAUAUAUUUCAAGCAGAGCACGCCGUGUUGAUUGGUGCCGGUAUUGGUGUGACACCAUUCGCAUCCAUUCUACAAAGCAUACAUGAACGCUACAAAGUGGCUAAACGAAUAUGUCCAAAUUGUAAAUAC